AUGUAUUGGCUUAAACGCACCUUCUCCAAGAGUUCCACAAAUCCAAACACUCCAACAGAAUCCAAUUCCACACAACAAUCACAAGAACAUGAACAUCAUGGGAUUACCGAGGAACUCAUAAACCUCGUCAAAUCAUUCACCAUUGACACCUUCAAAAAUUUCCCUCUCAAAGAUGAAGAUGAAUCCAGUUAUAGUGAAGAAGUUCAAUCUAAUUCAACUAGGGUUCGAAAGGAUCUUUCUCAGUGGCAAGAGAGACACGCAGUUCUCAUACUCUCAAGAGUAAAGGAAAUUUCGCAACUGAGAUAUGUACUGUGUCCUCGCCAUUUGAAGGACAACCAAUUCUGGACAAUAUACUUUGCACUUGCCAGGAGCCAUCUUGCCCCAUACGAGCUACGUGCCAUACAACAAGAGAAACUGAAACAGAUGGCAACGGAAGAAGAUAAAUCUUCAGAGAACCACCCGUAUGAAAUUGAAAUGGCAGAAGCAAAGAAUGGGAACUCCAUAAAGCCUUUGCCACCCCCAUAG